AUGUACUGCUGCACCUCCCUUACCGAGAAGAAGAGGAACCGACCGACCGACACACCUCGAGCAACGAACCCCAAGAGGGCCCCACAAUGGACACCGGAGCGGCGGGAGUGGGUCUCGCCGCGUCGUCGUCGUCGGCAGAGGACCCGUCGUCUAGGAGAAUUGCCGCUCGACGCCGUCCAGGAGUGGAGCUUCGGCGUGUCGCACCGAUACCAGCACCUGCUCGACAAAACGACGCCGCACGUCCUCCACCACCGCUGGCUCGCAACCCUCGGUGUGGCCUUGGCCUACGUCCUCCGCGUCUACUUCGUCCAGGGAUUCUACAUCAUGUCAUACUGCUUGGGGAUCUACCUCCUCAACUUGCUCAUCGGCUUUCUCUCUCCUCAGGUCGACUCGGAGAUCCACGACCUUUCCGACGGCCCCAGCCUCCCGACCCGCGGAUCCGACAAGUUCCGCCCCUUCGUUCGACGCCUCCCCGAGUUUAAAUUCUGGUACUCAAUUACAAAGGCGUUUUGCAUUGCUUUCGUGAUGAUUUUUUUUUUCUGAGUGAAGCUUUCGUGAUGAUUUGAAUCUGGGGAAGAAGAAACCAAAGAAGAAGAAGAAA